AUGGCUUCUUCUUCUCUUUCUCUUCUCACCCUCGCCCUCCCCCUCUUCCUAUGUUUUCUUUUCACCCACCUGGGUUCCUUGCACGCACAGAUGGACGACGCUAGCUUCAACCUCAUGUCCGACGCGCUCGACUGGCCAACCGCAAUGUCGCUCUACGAUGAUGUUGACGAAGACGAGGAAGAUGUCGAGAGCGGGUUUAGUCGGAGAUCAUUGUUCUGGCGGCGAAUGAAGUACUACAUCUCCUACGGUGCUCUUUCCGCUAACCGAAUCCCCUGCCCUCCUCGUUCUGGGAGAUCUUACUACACUCACAACUGCUACAAGGCGCGUGGCCCGGUUCACCCCUACUCCAGAGGCUGCUCUGUCAUCACGCGCUGCCGGAGAUGA